AACUAUAUCACUAGAGACAAAACAUGAAGAACAGGAAAAAUAGCAGAAACAGUGGACUCAGUAGAUAGGACAUCUCAAUGUCAAGAAAUUACCAGAAUGAGACUACUAAACUAGAGGCUCAAAGCACAAGAGCUUAUGUUUGGAAAAUGGGAAAAAAAUAAAGAUUUUGGAGUGGUAAAAGAUUUAAAAGACAGGAUCAAUAGUAGGAGUAUGAUACCUGAGUUGGUGAAGUGGGGGUGUGGAAGAACAGAUCUCUAGAAGUGAGGCAAAGAACUGGGAGACUAAACUACUGGAUGGAUCAUCCGUGUUGGUAGAGUCACUAAAAAUAGUAAUGUGGAAAGAGAGUUAGUUUAAAUUAUUAUGAAUGGGAGAUUAUUAGAUUGAGCAAAUGGUGAAGUUUGAUGUCUUGAAUUGCCUUUCACUUCUCUGUUGGCACUUUUCUUCUUUGAAUUAUAGUUGCUUGCGUGUGUCUUCUGCCUUCCUCAUGGACUCUAAGUACCUUGCACAUAAGAACUAUGUUUUACUAAUCUAUCUAAUCCGUCUGUUUCAUGUGACGCUUAGCAUAAUAGUUUUUACACAAUUGAGUUGCUCAGUUGAGUUAUACAUCUUUUUAGUUUUCUAGACUUUUUUUGGUAUUUCAACCAAAUGAAAUUUUUGUUUGUUGAAAAACAACAGUAAGGACUUAACUGCUUCUCAUCUUAAACUACGUCUAUUUUCAUAAUGCUUGUUUUAGUUUAUGUGUAAUGUUAACAGUUGGCUAUAUGACAAACUUAAAUGAGUCUAGUUUGUUGGUGUCACAAUGUCUCCAUUUAAUAAUAAAAUAUAAUAACUUUGGGGGGGUCACUAAAUUAGAGUCUUAGGAACAAUAGAGAAAGGGCUACUUUUUAUUUCCAAAGUUUAAGAAGGAGAAUACUUGACAUGAAAACAUUUUCAUCAAACCAGUGGAUUAAUACAGUUGUAAAACAAAAUUCUCCAGAUCUAUCUACCUACGCCUUUCCAUUUUCAUGGUUUUUUGUAUGGGAGUGGAAGAACUGAUGUGAUGGAAUGCAGGGAUGGGAAAGAGCUAAACAUUUACCAUUUUGGAGUUUAAAGUAUGUCAUCAUGGCAAAGUUUCGAAGAAGGACUUGCAUCAUUUUGUCACUUUUUAUCCUAUUUAUUUUCUCCCUGAUGAUGGGUUUAAAAAUGCUGAGACCAAAUAAAGCUACUUUUGGAGAUCCUUUUGGACUUGAACUUCUUCCAGUACUUCAUCAACAAACUCGCUUAGGGAAAAACUUUGAUUCCCAAAACAAUGACAAAAUCAACAGUGAAACAAAUAACAAGAAUUUAAAAAGUGUUGAAAUCACUAUGAAGCCUUCCAAAGCCUCUGAACCUUACCUGGAAGAGCUGCAACCUCUGAAUUAUUAUUUACAUGUAUUUUAUUACAGUUGGUAUGGAAAUCCACAAUUUGAUGGUAAAUAUAUACAUUGGAACCAUCCAAUCCUGAAGCAUUGGGACCCUAGACUAACCAAGAAUUAUCCACAAGGGAAACACAGUCCCCCGGAUGACAUUGGCUCCAGCUUUUACCCUGAGUUGGGAAUUUACAGCUCUCGGGAUCCUUCUGUCAUUGAAACUCACAUGAAACAAAUGUACUCAGCUUCAAUUGGUGUACUAGCCCUAUCUUGGUACCCACCUGGUACAAAUGAUGAGAAUGGAGAAAAUACUGAUGACUUGGUACCGACUAUUUUGGAUAAAGCUCAUAAAUAUAAUCUGAAGGUCACUUUUCACAUCGAACCAUAUAGCAAUCGAGACGAUCAAAACAUGUACAAAAAUGUCAAAUAUAUUAUAGACAAGUAUGGAAAUCAUCCGGCCUUUUAUAGGUACAAGACUAAGACCGGCAAUGCUCUUCCUAUGUUUUAUAUCUAUGAUUCCUAUAUCACAAAGCCUGAAAAAUGGGCCAAUUUGUUAACCACCACAGGGUCUCAGAGCAUCCGCAAUUCUCCUUAUGAUGCACUGUUUAUUGCACUUCUAGUAGAAAGCAAACAUAGAUAUGAUAUUCUUCAAGGUGGUUUUGAUGGAAUUUACACAUAUUUUGCCACAAAUGGCUUUACUUAUGGCUCAUCAUAUGAGAAUUGGGUGAGGCUAAAAUUUUUUUGUGACCAGUUCAACCUACUGUUUAUCCCAAGUGUGGGCCCGGGAUAUAUAGAUACCAGCAUCCGCCCAUGGAACGCUCAAAACACUCGAAACCGAAUCAGCGGGAAGUACUAUGAAACUGCUCUGGGUGCUGCACUCCAUGCCCACCCCAGUGUGAUUUCUAUCACCUCUUUCAAUGAGUGGCAUGAAGGAACUCAGAUUGAAAAAGCUAUUCCCAAAAGAACCAGUAAUACAGUGUACCUGGAUUACCGGCCUCAUAAACCAAGUCUUUAUCUAGAACUAACUCGCAAGUGGUCUGAAAAAUACGGUAAGGAAAGAGCAACUUAUGCAUUAGAUCAGAAGCUGCCUGUUUCUUAAUGCAUUAAUAAUUAUAGAAAUCACCUAGUACCUUUUAAGUAUAUACUGAUUGGCAGUUAUCCCCAUAAUAAAAAGAAUUUGUAUUUUUUUAAAAAAUGGUAAUAUCAUCAUUGCCAUCCUUCACAAUGCUGCACUGAAAAAAUAUCAGAGAGAAAAAUUGUGCAAAUUACAUUCCCUGUGGCAUAUGCUGAAUUUCUGACUGAAAUUGAAAUUCUACUUUGCUACUAAUUUUUAUUUCAUACAAAAAUGUUUGUGUUACAUGGGUUAGUGCACAGUUAAAUCCUUCUUGUAUUCUGGGCUCAAAGAAAUAGUGUAUAUUUAAUAUGUCUAGUGAAGAAAAUAAGACCUAGAAGAUAGCGUACAUGUUUCAGUCAUCCAGAGUCUGUUCACUAAUAGUUUCCAAUAAAAAAUUCUUAAGGAAAAUAAAAUCAUAACUUAAGCCUUACUGUGAAUCACAUUGUGUUAGGAAGGCCUGCUUUCUACAGCACAGUAUGCAUCAUCCUUUGAGGAUUUUUUGAUUUCUUAUAGCAUGUUAAGUGUUUUGCAUGUCUAAUGUAUCUGCUUUACAAUGCUGAAUUCCAGAUUUUAGAAGCUGUGGAACGUUCUUUCAUGCUUCUCUAUUAAGAAAACAUAGUUGGUUCACAAUUACGAAGAUAGAAUGCCCAAAAUACCACUUUUUGGAUAACCUGUCAAUUUUUAACUUGUUAUUCUAUUCAUGUUUUUAAAAUUUAAUGUUAAUCAGAGACCAACUGUUAAUAUCAACCUUUUUCUUUCUUACCUAUCAUGGGAUUUCCUUCUUAAUAUUUUAAGCUAUUUUUACCAAAAUAGAAUUUACUUAGCAUGUUAGGAACAUAGAAAUGAAAAUUCUUUUAUAUCUUAAACUUACAAGUCAAAUGAAUUUAACACUUAAUGAUGGCAAUAAUCUCGUUUAAAAGACAAUAUAUCCCCAUGUAAAAACAUUAUACUUUCAUGGUAUCUAUCAGAUUCAGUACUUUUGAUCAGUUGUCAUAUUGUGACAAAUUAAUCCACCUGUAUGCUGAGUAUAUGUUAUCCUUCAGUUCUUAUAGUUAACUAGAACUAUAAAAUAUAUAUAUGCUAUUACAAGAUUAUCAUUUCUUAGAUAUUUCAUUUACUAAAGAGAAGCAAUACUAAACAAUAAUACAUAUAAAUCUUCAGGUUUUAGAGAUAUUCAGAAAUAAAGCAACCGUAGAAUUUAUCAUAACAUAGCCCAUCAGGUGAUGAAAUUUAUUUUAGCCAGUGAUUUUGAAGUAAAAAUCUUUUCUUUGAAAAGAGGCAUGAUUAAUGUUAAACUUAUUUUUAACUUAAAAAUUUGCCAUUUCUCAGAGAAUGAUCAGUCCUUGAGAAAUUAGAACAAUAGUAGUAAACUACUUUCUAGAGGAAGUUAUGAGACUAAAUCACUAUAACGAUAUAACCAAGCCUCUUCAUAGGAACAUUCAUACAGAUAUGACCUGUGGAUUUUUUUUUCUUAUAUCCAGUUGGCCACUCUAUGUUAUCAUAGGCAUGACACAUUUAUAGAGUUUAUUCCUAAUAAUCACUUUUACCAUAUUUUAUUAAAUUUAGAGAAAUUACUACUACAGAGGAGUUCUUGUCAUUGCUUGUACUGUAUAUUUGAACCUACCAUGACAGAAAAAGUUCUGAGAUUAAGAGAAUAAAAACAAGGUCAACAAAUACUCAAUGCGAGUACUACCACUUUUUAUCUUGCUCCCACUGCAGACCUAGAUAAUCUACUACAGCACUCUUGACCUCUGAACUUUGUUGUGGUUCCUAACACAUUACUCCAACCAGCCAGUUAUGACCAGAUUUCAAAGUAAGAUAAAACAGAUUUGUUCUCAAGGGAAGAAUGUUUGGAAUCUGAUCUCAUAAUGGUUUAAGGAUUUAUAAUUAUAUGAAAAUCUGUGUCUUUUUGCCUAUUUUAAAAACUAGGAAGAAUUAUCUCUAAUUUCAUAAAUCUUCCUCAGGUAUUCAUUACAGUUGCCUUUAUCAUUUGACUUAUAACCAUUUAGAUCAUUAUGAUCACAAGUAAAAGCAAAGAACUGAUUGCCUAAUUUAGACUACCGAGGUGUGAAUUCAAUAAACUAAAAUACCUGUUAAACAGUGUAAUAUAUGCAAUUCAUGAAUCACAAUUCUUUUAUGGUUUAAUCAGUCUGUUUUGACUGUAUAGAAAACAAUCUUUGUUUUAUUGUUCGUCUUAAGGAUGAAUAUUAUCAGAAACUGCUG